UUGGCGUGAGAUCCGCGGGUUGUGCUGGGAAGCUUGAUGCGAAUUAUCAUCCGGAGUUUGGAGCAAGAGGCAGCGGCCCUUUCUUACAAUUUGACGCCUUUUUCCAUUCUCGGUUACUGGCUACUCCUGUGCAACGCAGGCUUUCUGGGUCUCCUCCAAAACGCCAGUCAGCACCUUGCGCAGGUUGAUGUAUGACUUUCUGGUUCUGUGAAGCAUCUGGAAUGUGCAAUGGAUUGGAGAAUUCCAGCGGAUGGGGUGGUGUGUCAGCCUGUGCUGCUGCACAGGGUGAUUUCAUCUUUGCUCCAUAAUUUCUCUUAGGCGCAAAGCUGGGAGCAAAGACCAGAACUGUGAACAUGCCUGGGUGGGACCUCAGCUUAUGGAGCCGCUGCAAGUCCCUGCUACGACCAGCUGUGGCCAUGAUAAUGUUGCUCUCUCUUGCCCACGUGGGCGUAACCAGUGCUCAGCACCACCGGAGUGAGCCUCGGCGAGAGAAAUACAUGGAAUCUGACUUUCUAUCCCAAGUGGGCCGUGCUCUGAGGCAGACUGUGGAGGAUUUCAUUGGAAGAGAGAACUUUCAGCUAUUGAAUGAGAAUAUCUCUUCCCUGCUCUGGAUAGUGGCCUCUGGGAUCUCUUCAGCUUUAUUUGUUGUGGCUCGAAUUGCAGGGCAGUUCCUUACUUCCUUUGGAAUGGCUGGCGACCAUUUAACUCAGUUCCUGAAGCUGAGUCCGGACAAGGUGCAGGUGCUGCUGCUCUGGGGCCUGGCCGCUCUGAUUGGCUACUGGGUGCUGUCGUUGCUGCUGAGCCUGUUGCUCGCCCUCUUGAGCCGCGUCAUGUGGGGCCUCAAGGUGGUCCUCUUCGGGGCCUGCUUUGUGUUUGUUGCCACGAUGGUGCCUGACCGCUCUGUGCAAACGUUGCUUCUGUUGGCCCUGCUCACACUCUAUGUCCUACUGGGUUGGCUGACUGGGUCGCACCACUCCGGGGCACGGCUGGAAGCCAAAGUACGCAGCUUGGAACGCCAGGUGGAGGAGCUGCAGCGCAGGCACAGGCGAUCCCCCAUGCACCUGGAGGAAGACUGAGCCUCCAAUGUCCAUGUACCGUUCCUAAGUGGCAACCACCUUCUUCCUUUCUUCAUGUAUUCUAGGAGUCCUUCCUAGACUGUAGAUCCUCUUGGGUAUCUGUUCACCCACAACUAUGUAGCAGCAGGUCAAUCCUAACUGGAACUUCUGUACAGGAGGCUGAAUGCACCUGAGACAGUGUAACAUCCCAGUUGACACUCAGUAUCCUGUUCCAAAGCAUGCUCUCCAUCCAUGUCUUCUGUCAUGUGUUGCUGUUUUCACGCCCCCUUCUUCUCGAAUAGCCUUCCCCAAUCUCAUAGUCCGACACAUCUGGUGGGCACAACUUCCAUAGCCCUCCCCAGCCAGCAUCACCAGGAGGGUUAUGAGAGUUGUAAUGGAGGGCACAAGAUUGGGGAGGGCUGUUUUGGACCAAGUACCUUCCUGCUCUUCGUUCCCACUUGGCUCAUGGUAGACCAUUUUGUUCUUCAAGGAUGACUGAUGGUAGACUGAAGGUGAUGAUCUUUUUAUUUAAAAACCAAGUGAAUUAUUUCUGCAGUGCUGCAUAGCAGGGAAGGAAGCAUGGGGUGUUACACAGUUCACCCUGUGGAUUUUCGCCUUGGAUGUUACACCAGCGUGCCUGAGUAUAUCUCUGACUGUAAAGCCAACUGUCUCUGUGAAAGCUAAAGAUGGAUGCUGUGCUUACGGUGGCAACAGAGCAAAUCAGGAUGUCUUGUGUGUACGGUUGGGGUGGCAAUGUUUAGCUCCCAGCUCCUUACAAACCAAAGAUGCCUAUUAAAAGCAAGGCCGCACAGUUUUCUUACACACCCUCAUUCUGCCUGAAUCUGAUAGUACCAUGACUGACAGGAUGCACCUGCCUGUUCUGGGUGCAAAUAAGCCAUAGAUGAGCGACAAAGUGAAUGUACACAACUCUUCCUGCUGGACAGAAUUUUGUACCACUAGCAAGUGGAAUAAUGAACCCAGAUGUCCUUUUUUUCUGCCCAUUUGGGGAAGGACACAUAACUUACUCUGUGGUGUUAGCCAAACAUUGGUUGCCAAUAUAUAUUUUUAAGCUACCAGUUUUAAGCAAACCAAAUAUUUUGUUACUCUUCCAAAUAAAGCUUAUUUAAUCAAUUU